UUGAUAAUGAAUGGUACAUAUAGUAAUAUAUUUAAGAUAAAUUUCGUUCUCUUUGGCUGGCUUAACCUCUGAAUAAUAAAGUCGAUAUUGUCAUUUCUUUCUUUCUUGUUUCACAUGAUCGUUGAGUUAUGGCAGAUGGUGACCAUCCUUCGUAUCAAAACGUUAUUGUCAUAAUUAUUGCCGUUGGUUCAGCUGCAUUAGUUGUUGUCUCAAUGUAUCGUGUCAUGAGCAUUUGGUUUUCUCGCCACCAACAAAGCACCACCGCAGAUCAAACUCAAAGCACCACCGCAGAUCAAACUCAAAGCCCCCCACAACUACCACAGUUUGCAGCUACUUUGAGCCUCGGCGAAAGUGCAUCCUCAUCAAUAGUACACCUAAUUCCAACACACAAGUAUCAUAAAAGAAAUAAAGUUGAUGUGGUUUCGGAUGAUGAUGAAGGCGGCACCACCGCGUGUGCCGUGUGUUUGGGAGAUUUUGAGGAGGGUGAGGAGUUGAAGACUAUGCCGGAGUGCUUGCACUCUUUUCAUGUACCGUGUAUCGACAUGUGGCUUCAUUCGCAUUCGAGUUGUCCCGUUUGCCGCGCCAUUGCCGCCCCUUCGCCUGCAGUGAAUGAAGAUCUUCACAGAAUAGAUAUGAGUCAUACCGUUCCACUCCCUAUCAUGCAGAGUGGAUUGGUGAGAUUUUGAGGAAUCACACAUGAAAAGUACAUACAAAACUAUUUAGCAAUAUCAAAACAUAACAUGCAUGGUUAUUGCAAUAUAUAUACUCCUAGAGUGCUAAUUUUUUCAUGUACAUACUACUAGUAUUUAGCAAUCAUAGUAUCCUUUUUAAGUUAUUUUUAACGAAUAAUUUUAUGCAAUUUUUCAAAUUGUUAUAUUAACCUCAUCCAUUUAAUUUCAUAUGUAUUUUACCAGUCACAUAA